UUCAGAUUUGCAAGCUAGCUUCGGCCUACACCACUGUACACAGCGAUGUUUAGAAAUGGUAGGAAAAUUCCAUCUCAAACUGCCGAUGUUGUCCGCCGAUGGAUUAUAAAUGAUUGAGGACGUAUAUAGGGCAAGUCUCAGGCUUGCAAUGUUUCAGCAGAAUUACCCAGCUUUGUACCUUUCGGCGAAUACUCCCUGACCUCAACAACCCUACAGUCCAUCAUGUCCAACUCACGUCUUUUCAAACCACUAAAGAUUGGCUCUAUCGAGCUAAAGAACCGCAUUGCCAUGGCACCGUUGACACGGUUUCGUGUCAGCGACAGCCACGCCAUCCUCCCUUUCGCGGCUGAGUAUUAUGGCCAGCGCGCGUCCGUUCCCGGCACUCUCUUGAUUACUGAGGCUACACUUAUUACCGGCCAGCAUGGGGGAUAUCCCAAUGUUCCCGCCAUUGAGACCCAGGAGCAAAUUGACGCCUGGAAGAAGGUCACAGAGGCUGUUCACCAAAAAGGGAGUUUUAUUUACCUUCAACUCUGGGCUCUGGGACGCGUAGCCAACAAGGAGUAUGCCCAAAGCCAGGGGAUCACAGUGAAGUCGUCCAGUGCUACCCAGCUCUCAGACGAUCUUGCUGUUCCUAAAGAGAUGACUGUUGAGGAGAUCGAGCAGACCGUCGGCGCGUACGCUCAGGCCGCGAAGAACGCAAUCGAGGCCGGUUUCGACGGAGUAGAGAUCCACGCAGCAAAUGGUUACCUGAUCGACCAGUUCCUCCAGGAUACCUGCAACAAACGCUCCGAUAAAUACGGUGGCUCGGUGGAGAAUCGCAGCCGUUUCGCUGUUGAAGUCACCCAGGCAGUUGUCGAUGCUGUCGGUGCUGACCGGACCGGUAUCCGCCUCUCCCCAUUCAGCGAAUUCCAGGGCAUGAAGAUGGCCGACCCUAUUCCUCAGUUUUCGGACAUCAUUAAGAAGCUCAACACGUUGAACCUUGCAUACCUGCACAUGGUCGAAUCCCGCGUCUCCGGUAACGCAGACGUUGAAGGCGACGAUUCUCUGAGGCCUUUGUACCCUCUGUAUACCUCGAGCCCCUUGCUUAUUGCUGGUGGCUUCAAGGCAGACUCUGCCCGCAAACUCGUCGAUGAGGAGCUGAAGGACCGAGAUGUUGUUGUCGUUUUUGGACGCUACUUCAUCUCUACCCCUGAUCUUGUUUUCAGGCUGGAAAAGAGCAUCGAUUUCAACCCAUAUGACCGCGAUACUUUCUAUAUUCCCAAGAGUGAGAAGGGCUAUACUGAUUAUCCCUUCAGUGAGGAGUUCAAGAAGGCUUCGAGUUUGUAGGGUACAUACAGUAACAUUGCAUCAGCACGGUGUUCAGGUGGGACUGCGAAAAUCAUAUUAUACGAGCAACGACAUAGCGACCGUGUGUUAGAUAUAGAUAGCACCCGAAUUCUUAAUAUGAACAAAUACUACUUAACAGUAUUGUCGAAUGUGUGAGCAUCAUCAUGUUGUUUCGGGCCAAAAUGA